CAAAGACUGUUGACAUAAUAUGGCAGUUUACAAGCCACGCCUCUUACGCACACUUUAACCACUUCCUCCACACAAUAAUCAUUAUAAGAAACAGCCCCAUUUAAGCUUUCUCUGCCACACAUCGAUUUUCUUAUUUUAAACUUCAUUUUCAUCUGAAAAAUGGGAGAAGAAAAGAAUGUUUCAUUAGCUUAUUCUUCCCCAGAUGGAUACAACAUGGGAAUGUUGAUGCUGGCUUGUAUAGUUUUGUCAUGGAUGUUUAUCCCUGUGUGGAACCAGAGGAAUAAGAAAGGCCCAAAAUCAUGGCCGCUCGUGGGUGCAGCAAUCGAACAGUUGAUGAACUAUGACAGUAUGCACGAUUGGCUUGUCAAGUACCUUUCUGAGUCAAAAACUGUCGUGGUCCCGAUGCCAUUCACAACAUACACUUACAUUGCAGAUCCUGCAAAUGUGGAAUAUGUCCUCAAAACCAACUUUGCCAACUAUCCAAAGGGUAAAGUGUAUCAAUCGUAUAUGGAAGUUCUGCUAGGAAAUGGGAUUUUCAAUGCAGAUGGUGAGCUUUGGAGGAAACAGAGGAAGACUGCAAGCUUUGAGUUUGCGUCCAAGAACUUGAGAGAUUUCAGCACUGUAGUCUUCAGAGAGUAUAGUUUGAAGCUUUCUACUAUUCUAAGUGAAGCUUCUUUCCAAAACCAAGAAGUAGACAUGCAGGAGUUGUUGAUGAGGAUGACUUUAGACUCCAUAUGUAAGGUGGGAUUUGGUGUAGAAAUUGGAACUUUGGCUCCCAAUCUGCCAGAUAAUCGCUUUGCUAAGGCGUUUGACACAGCAAACAUCAUUGUGACGCUUCGCUUCAUUGACCCACUGUGGAAAAUAAAGAAAUUUCUGAAUGUUGGCUCGGAAGCUUUACUUGACAAGAGCAUGAAAAUCAUCGAUGACUUCACCUACUCAGUUAUUCGAAGAAGGAAAGUAGAAAUAGAAGAAGAUCGGGCGACUGGCAAAAAUAUCAAGAUAAAGCAUGAUAUACUGUCAAGAUUUAUAGAGUUGAGUGAAGCCUCCUCAGAAAGCAACUCAACAGACAAGUAUCUCAGAGACGUUGUCCUGAACUUUGUGAUAGCUGGCCGUGACACAACGGCAACUACUCUCUCAUGGGCCAUAUACAUGGUAAUGACCCACGCCGAUGUAUGCAACAAGCUUUACUCGGAGCUCAAAACUCUAGAAGAAGAUCAAGCAAAAGAAGAGAAUGUGUCGUUGCUUCAGUGUGACACUGGGGACUCGGAAUCGUUCAGUGGAAGAGUAAAGCAAUUUGCAGGCCUCUUGAAUUAUGAUUCGCUGGGAAGGUUAUAUUAUCUGCAUGCAGUGAUCACAGAGACACUUCGUCUGUACCCGGCAGUCCCUCAGGACCCCAAGGGCGUCUUGGAGGAUGAUGUCUUGCCAGACGGAACCAAGGUUAAAGCAGGAGGCAUGGUGACUUACGUUCCCUACUCAAUGGGUAGAAUGGAGUACAACUGGGGCCCUGAUGCAGCCUCAUUCAAGCCUGAGAGAUGGCUUAGCGAUGGAUUCUUCCAAAACGCAUCUCCAUUCAAGUUCACUGCAUUUCAGGUAAUUAACCAAGGAUUUCUGAAAAACAGUAUAACGAAUCAAACUUUAGCUGCCCCUAAGAAUUACCUUCUUCUGAAGAUUAUAAAGCUUCAUACUGGGAUAGACACUUCGCCGGACAUUUACGGCGGUUCAUGGUUCUUGUUUUUCUGUGACCUACAGGCUGGGCCAAGAAUAUGCCUUGGGAAGGACUCUGCAUAUCUCCAAAUGAAGAUGGCACUGGCCAUUUUGUGUAGGUUUUACAAAUUCAGUUUGGUGCCAGAUCAUCCAGUGAAGUACAGGAUGAUGACAAUACUAUCAAUGGCGAAUGGCUUGAAGCUUACCAUAGCGAGACGUUCUUAA